AGAAGACAUUAUUAUAUUAUAAACAUGGAUGCCUUCUUUGGAAGCUGGAAAGUUAGCAGAAGUGAAAACUUAGAUAAUUUCAUGAAAGCAAUUGGUAUUAAUGUUAAACUGAGAAACGCUGCAAAUGUGGUUAAGCCCACCAUCUCUACCAUUUCCCAAGAUGACAACUGUGUGCUGAUUAAAAUACAAACCGUUAGUCAUGAGAGAGAAAUCAGGUUCAUCCUCGGUGAAGAGUUUGAUGAGGAGAUAUACGGCAAGAUGUGUAAAAUGACUAUAAACCUAGAAGGAGGAAAACUUAUCCAGGUGCAAAAGUGGGGCGUAAAAGAGGCCCAGACAGUUCGAGAGAUCCAGGAUGGGAAAAUGAUCACGACUCUGUCCUGUGAUAAUGUCACAGCAGUGCUUACAUAUGACAAAGUGUAAAAUCUGGAAACCUCCUUUAAAAAGAAAAAAAAAGGAAUCUAGACUUAAUAAAUAAUUU